AUGCAUUUUUUGCCCACAGUUGGCAAGGCUCGAAAGCCCAAAUUUGAAUUACAUCUCAAGAUAUACGACCUCAACAACGUUCCGUUGGUGUCCGGCAGCUCCUACGUCAAAUGGCACCUCGCCCAUUCCAUGCACGCGGAGCACCGCGGCCGCACCUCCAAGUGUCCUAUCGCGAACCACAAGGUCGACUACAGCUUCAGCAAAGUCAUCCCCUCUGUGCGAAUCUCUAUCGACAAGAGCAACAACCUCACAGAAUGCCCCAUCGAACUGGAGGUUGUGCAGGAGUUUGUCAGCUCCGAGAAAAUGGUUCUCGGGAACAUCAAACUUAACCUGAGCGAAUAUGUCGAGGAGAGCGAGGCUUUUGCGCGGGACAUUGCGUCUCCUCCUCGGAAGAGAAGUAGUCUGGCCAUCAGCCCGACCUCAGCGGCACCAAAUGAACCAUUGCAGGCGCAAACCGCAGACGAUGGGAUCGUGAGGCGGUACCUCAUGCAGGACAGCAAGGUCAACAGCACACUCAAAGUCGGCAUACUCAUGAUUCAGAUGGACGGCGAGAGGAACUACAUUGCCCCUCCGCUGCGGACCGCGCCCGUAUUUGGCGGCAUCGCAGGGUUCAUGGGCCCAGAGCAAGCUGAGGACGAGACCGGCCCGCUGCCAAGCAUCUCCAAAGGCAGGGAUUUGUCAGAGGUUCAGGACUUGUAUCGUCGAACCCUUGCCGCAUCUUGGUCACGUCAGCCUAGUGAGCUUCCCGCGGACGAGUGCAUCGAAGACAUCUUCUCGGGCGGAAACGGCUGGAAGACAAAGCGGGACCACAGCGCAGCCCCGGAUAGCGACGUAGAGGACGAUCUAGACGGCAAUCACGGCACCCUCCGACCCAGUGACUUCCGGCGGCUCGCCCUUCAAGACCAUGGCCGCCACAACCGAACCAACAGCCACCACCGCCGCACCCAAAGCGCGUCGAGCGACAAGAGCGCCUCAACCGUUACUGGGCGUGGAUCGGGGUCUGGCUCUGGCGGCGGUGGCGGUGGUGGGCGCAAGCGUGGUUAUGAGGAGUGGGAGUAUGGGGAGUCUGGCGCCAACCCUGGGAAGCAGUAG